AUGGAAACUCAGAAAAAACCCUCGUCAUCCACGGACGGGUUCUUUCAAGUUUUACCCGAUGUGCCCCCUGCGUAUACACACGCCGAUAUUCAGCAGCAAGGUUCCCAUGCUGUAUCAGAUGAUACAGUCUUUGCGAGAAUACUGGGCUUAUAUCUUCCAAGGAAAUCUGAUCAAGUGGGUACCUCUAUUCACAAGCUUGGUCGACGCGCCCUCCAUCCGUCAACCCUACGUCUGGCCACCGAUGCCGAGAUAAAUCAACCCGUUCUCCGGCCACUCACCACGUUCGGUGAAGAAAAUCGGAUCGAUCCUCUAUGGACAGGCGAAGGCUGGAGAGAACUUAAAGCGAUCGGACAAGAAGAGGGAUUGGUCGCUGUGGCGUAUCAAAAGGAUAACCAUACAUGGAAUCGACGGGUUCAUCAGUUCGCGCUGAACCAUGUUUGGAGUAGUAGUGCUGCCAUGACUGGCUGUCCCGCGUCGAUGACGGAUGGAGCGGCGAAGUUGCUGGCGGGGCGCUUGGAUGACCCUGACGGUGACCAACCCGGGCGCAGCGGGGUGCUUCGUGAGGCAUACCGGCGACUGAUAUCGAGUAACCCUAACGAGGCCUGGACGACUGGGCAGUGGAUGACCGAGCGUACCGGCGGGAGCGAUGUACGAGAGACAGAAACAGUUGCGCGACGGCUGACUGCGGAAGAAUUGUCCCGAGACAUGGAGUCUGGGCGAGAGCUUGACGCUCACGGUAUGCCGUUGGGCCCAUGGCGUAUUGAUGGCUUCAAGUGGUUCAGCAGUGCAACAGACUCGGACAUGACUCUUAUGCUAGCCCAAACGGACGAGGGGCUUAGUCUGUUCUACACACCCACGCGACGCCGCUCCGGUAAGCAGAACGAUGCGGGCGAGCUAAAUGGAAUUCGAAUUCAGCGCCUUAAGAAUAAACUCGGUACCAAGUCUCUGCCUACAGCUGAGCUGGAAUUGAAGGGAGUCCGGGGCUGGCUAAUAGGCCAAAAGGGCAAAGGUGUGAAAGAAAUUGCUACGGUCCUUAACAUCACUCGACUGUAUACCGCAGGCGGGUCUGCUGCGGGUUGGGGCCGUGGUCUCGCAAUAUGCCGGGCGUACACUCGGGUCCGCAAGGUGCGAGGGGCCCUCCUUCAAGAAAACGCGCAACACACUCGAUGGAUGGCAAGCGAAACCAUGAAGUAUUGGGCGGCAAUGCAUUUCACGUUCUUUAGUGUUGCAUUGCAAGGCACUGUAGAGCAAGACUGGGAAUCGAUGGUUCGCAACACAAAGGCCGCCAACCUAAUUCCACAGGAUAGCACCAAGGCGGCAACCCUUCUUCGACUUAUCACCCCAGUCAUGAAAGCUGUGGUCAGUGUCAAUGCGGUACACGGACUACGUGCUUGUAUGGAGUGUCUUGGGGGGGUUGGCUACUGCGAAAACAACGAAGACGGUGGCCUACUGAACAUUGCGAAGAUAUUUCGUGAUACCGCCGUUAAUCCUAUCUGGGAAGGAACAAUUAGCGUGAUGGCGGAAGAUGUGGUUCGAGUCGUUACUGAUAAACGUCUUGGAGGGGGGAAGGUGGUCGACACGGUUUUUGCGGAAUGGGUGAAGGAUGUUCUCAAUGUCUGCCAGUCUAAGUUCGGAGAGGAGUGCGCUGUUGUGCAGCAGAUACUUGAUGCUUUGCGGGAAAUAACAGGUAAACUCAGCAAGGAAGAACUCUUGUGGCGUGGAAGGGAACUUCUUGAGCAUGUGGCCGCAAUCGUGUGCUCCUGUCUGCUCAUGUAUGAUGCAUCUUCUGAUGGCGACGGCAUUGCGACAGAAGUUGCCUCUAGGUGGACGCGUUCCAAAGCCCUUCAGGGUACCCGAAUCGCUUCCAAGGGCACAAAUUGGCUUCACGAAUCUGCCAUUGACAAGAAAAUAUUCAUGGGCGAGACCACGCUGCUCUCGAAGAUCUGA